AUGAGUUCUGUUAGAUAUCUCGGUGCUUCAUAUCAUUUCGCCUCUCCGCAGGGCUUCGAUAGUACCCACUGUGAACAUACCAAGAAUGAAUGUGUGCCCAGGGACGGUGUGAUGAAAUGGAAAGGAGGCAACCACGGCGACCUUGGCUGGGCAACGGUGGAGGUCAAUAGAGAAAUGUGGAAGUCGAGUAUGCGAGAAACUGCUGAUGUGGGCAUGAUCUACAUUAGAGCACUUGAUUCGAAUACGAUGUUUUAUUGUGUUCGUUUUCGUUGA